GUUCUUGUUUGGAGUAUGGACAUUCAUGCUGGGGUGCGCAUGGAAAACGUUCAGCUGGCCAAGAGAUUACACGCCAUAAAGGCCAACGGGAUUCUGAGCCAAGAAAUCUACACGGCAACCAGCUAAAUCUGUUGGGUGAAGAUAACGUAAAUGAAAUUUUUUCAAACAAGUUCGAUAUCGAUGAGGUACCCACUUCGGCAGAGAGUUCAUCGCACAACGCUUUGAGUGCCGAAGAUUUCUCGGCCGACUCGAAUGAUUCUAGCAAAGCACGCAACUAUAUGAGACUACGGCGGCUGAAAUUUACCGCGCACCCAAGUUCGGGUGACAGCAAUUUCUCACCGAUCGACAACAGCAAACGUGAAAGCAUUGCUGCUGACUCGCGUGAAGAACUCCAACGGCACCUACAGCCGCCGCGACAGACACAACAGCAACGCAAGUAUCCCAAAUAUGUUGAACGUUGGAGAAAGUUGCCCAUAUUUGGAUUGCGGCAUGCAUUCGGCAAUUCACCGUUGGCGUUGACUGAUGCCGUAUCACUAGAGUUACCAGAUCGAAAUGCCGAGAGUGAGUUUAUUCAACAAUUUGGACCGCUGGCAGGCGGAAGAAGAUUGGAUGACAUCGGAGUUUAUUAUGACUUUCAAUAGAACUCGAAACUGCAAAGAUUGAUCGAGUAAAUGGUUGAUGACUU